AGGCAGUGCUGGGUAAUGUGUGUGACUCGCACCGAGCUGCUGCUAAGGACCCUGUAUAUGACACACGUCUUGCUCUGAGGGGCACACAUCACUCUGUGACGGAUACACUGAGGGGCACUUGGCUGUGGGCAUACCCCUGGCACUGCUGGGCACCUGGCUGAGGGCAUACCCCUGGCACUGAGGGGCACCUGUCUGUGGGCAUACAUCUGGUAUUAAGGGGCACCUGUCUUUGGGCAUACCCCUGGCACUUAGGGCACCUAUUUGUGGGCACUAUGUACAACACAGUGUGGAAUACAGAAGCAGAGGAUGCAGACUGGCGGGAGGUGAUGCUGCCCUACUCCACUGAGCUGAUAUUUUACAUAGAGAUGGAUCCUCCAGCACUUCCUCCAAAGCCCCCUAAACCAAUGACUACAAUAACCACCGAUGGAAGUAAAGACAACGCCAGCUCACUCCAGGAUGCUGAGUGGUACUGGGGAGAUAUCACAAGGGAAGAGGUAAAUGAUAAAUUAAGGGAUAUGCCUGAUGGGACUUUCCUGGUGCGAGAUGCGUCUACCAAGGUGCAAGGAGAUUAUACGCUCACCCUGCGGAAAGGUGGCAAUAACAAGUUAAUAAAGAUUUAUCAUCGAGAUGGAAAGUAUGGGUUUUCCGACCCACUGACAUUUAACUCUGUGCUGGAAUUAAUUAACCAUUACCGCCAUGAGUCCCUUGCCCAUUACAAUCCCAAACUAGAUGUGAAAUUGAUGUAUCCAGUCUCCCGGUACCAACAGGAUCAACUUGUUAAAGAAGAUAACAUUGAUGCUGUGGGGAAGAAACUACAGGAAUAUCAUGGUCAAUAUCAGGAUAAGAGCAGACAGUAUGACAAGCUAUAUGAGGAGUAUACAAGGACAUCACAGGAAAUACAGAUGAAAAGAACAGCAAUUGAAGCCUUUAAUGAAACCAUUAAGAUAUUUGAGGAGCAAUGCCAUACCCAGGAACGAUAUAGUAAAGAAUACAUUGAGCGAUUUCAAGGGGAGGGCAGCGAGCAAGAAAUUGAACGGAUAAUGAUAAAUUAUGAAAAACUCAAAUCUCGUUUGGGGGAGAUUCAUGACAGCAAACUGCGCCUGGAGCAAGACUUGAAGAAACAAGCAUUAGAUAAUCGGGAGAUAGACAAAAAAUUGAAUAGUAUAAAGCCGGACCUCAUCCAGCUGCGUAAAAUCCGAGAUCAGUACCUUGUAUGGCUUAAUCAUAAAGGCGUGCGUCAGAAACGGAUUAACGACUGGCUUGGAAUCAAGAAUGAAAAUAUUGAUGACACAUAUUUUGUAAAUGAAGAGGGAGACAACUUGCCCCAUUACGAUGAGAAAACCUGGUUUGUAGGUGAUCUUAACCGUACACAAGCAGAAGAAUUACUCAGCGGAAAGCCUGAUGGAACGUUCUUAAUACGAGAAAGCAGCAAAAAGGGAUGCUAUGCCUGCUCUGUUGUGGCUGAUGGUGACGUUAAACACUGUGUUAUCUACAGCACAUCUCGAGGCUAUGGGUUUGCGGAGCCAUACAAUCUGUACAGCACACUUAAGGAGUUGGUUCUUCAUUACCAGCACACAUCCCUGGUACAACAUAAUGAUUCCCUUAAUGUCAAGCUUGCCUAUCCCAUCUACGCACAAAUACCUUCCCUAUGCAGGUAAAACCCUUGCAGGAAGGAGAGGAGCUGGCUAUUUUGGAUAUUUUCUACAAUUUUUACUAGAACUAAGAGGGCAUUCUUUCUACUUAGACUGCUUGUUUUGCACAAGAAGUGAAUUUGUGAAUGUGAAUCAGAGGCCUAGGAGCAAGGCGGCAAAUCUAGGAGUCCUGGUGCUACCUAUCAUUCGGCUGCACUUACGCUGCUCAUGUGGUGCAGGAAGCCAAGUCACAACUGGUAAAGAAUGUCACCAGAUUUAUUUGCAGAGCUUUGAAAUGUUUAUAUCCUUGUCAUACACAUGGAGAUGUUAGUAGAGGUGUUGGUGACGUCCUGCAACCAAUACCAGUUGGGCACAGGAGCUCCUGCAGGAUUCUCUUAAGUUAGCAGCUACACUUCUGACCCAGUGACUUGUGCUGAGAGGUAGCUUGAUGCUCGGGGAGCAAGACCAAAGGAUUCUUGAGGAAACAUUCACUUUUAUUCCCUGGAUGGGAUAAAAAUAAACUAUUAAUAAAGUUGCUUUAUUUUUCCAACAGUAAACAAAGUUUUGGCUUCCAUAGCACUAAACUCCUCAAGGGAUCCUUCAGUGUGUUUAACCAAAUUGAACCCACCAAAACUUUGUUCGUUGCUGGAUUAAGCACUUACAUGGGAAAGUUGCAUCCGCACAUAUUUCUACACCAAAACUUGAAAAAGAACUAGAAACUUGUGUGGUUUGAAAACACUAAUCUGUUGUUGGCUGUAAACCCUAGUUUUUUGGGUUAUUUUAAAUAGCUUGAUACUUUUUUUUUUUUUUUACUUUUUUUUUUUUUUAUUAUUAUUAUUUCCAAAGUUAAUUAAAAUGGACACUUGGCUUUGGAAUGUAAACUAAAUAUGAGCUGGUGCUCCAUUGCUUGUAUUGUCCCCCUCUCUCCACCAGAUGAAAUUCUGUUUAAUCCGCUGUCAUUUUGUAUUCAGAGUCAGAUACAUUUGUAUGAUCCAAUGCUUCUAGAUGGCUUGUGCUAACGAUUAUGGGUGUGCCAGAUUAAGAUCAAAUUUUGCUCAUCCUUUAAAUUUUGUUCGCAGUGCACGUUAAAAAUAAAACUUAAAUUUUUUUUUAAA